AUGUUCCUACUCAAUGACACUCAGUUUCAUCCUUCCUCCUUCCUGUUGCUGGGGAUCCCAGGACUAGAAGCUCUUCACAUGUGCAUUGGCUUUCCCUUUUGUGCUGUGUACGUGAUCGCACUCAUAGGCAACUUCACCAUUCUCUUGGUAAUCAAGACUGAGAACAGCCUACACCAGCCCAUGUUCUACUUCCUGGCCAUGUUGGCAACCAUUGACUUGGGACUCUCAACAGCUACCAUACCUAAGAUGCUUGGAAUCUUCUGGUUUAGUCUCAGGGAGAUUAUCUUUGAUGCCUGCCUCACACAGAUGUUUUUCAUCCACAAUUUCACACUUAUGGAGUCAGCAGUCCUCUUGGCCAUGGCUUAUGAUCGCUAUGUGGCCAUCUGCAACCCCCUCCGAUAUAGCACUGUCCUCACCAAUAAGGUUGUUUCUGUGAUUGGUCUUGGUGUGUUAGUGAGAGCAAUUAUUUUUGUUAUUCCAUUUGUAUUUCUCAUACUGAGAUUACCUUUCUGUGGGAAUCACGUCAUUCCCCACACCUACUGUGAGCACAUGGGACUUGCUCGUCUGUCUUGUGCCAGUAUUAAGAUCAAUAUUAUCUAUGGCUUAUGUGCCAUCGGUAAUCUGGUGUUUGAUAUUAUAGCCAUUGCCCUUUCUUAUGUUCAGAUCCUUCGUACUGUUUUUCGUCUUCCUUCUCAUGAAGCGCGACUCAAGUCCCUCAGCACAUGUGGUUCUCAUGUUUUUGUAAUUCUUGCUUUCUAUACACCAGCCCUCUUUUCCUUUAUGACACAUCGUUUUGGUAGAAAUGUUCCCCACUAUAUCCAUAUACUUUUGGCUAAUCUUUAUGUUGUAGUGCCACCGAUGCUUAAUCCUGUCAUAUAUGGAGUUAGGACCAAGCAAAUUUAUGAUAGUGUGAAGAAAUUAUUACAUAAGCUGGGAACAGAAAAGGAAUAG